UGCGCUUGUUUCGCUUGUUGCGUAAAAAAACGGUUCGUAAAUGGUGCGGAACAAAAUGGUGCAGGAAAAAAGGAUUCGUAUUUUACCAAACUGUUUUCGCCGUGGUUGGGAAUAAUGUUCUCGCGUGUAGCAGGUCCGCACUGGAUCCCUCCUAGCUCCGGCCCUCUACCAACCUUGGCCGAAUAGGCCCUAGCACAUGCACGUUCAUCAGGCAACACUCGUACACAGCAACACAGCAAACAAGAAAAAAGGCCUUCCCAAAGGGCAGUUUUGGCACUCAGCGACACAUCCAUACACGCGCGCACACACACGCACGCAUUAGUCUGACAUCGGUAGCUGGGAGCAGUAGGUUUUUGCGGCUGGAGAGACAGUAGCGUCUCCACCAGACACGGGAGACAGAGUGAUACAGAGUAAACGCGAAACGACGGAAUAAAGGACGUGCCAGCGCGCAGUGAGCGCAUUCGGUUUUCUAUCCCCCUCCCGCGACGUGCGUGCGUGCGUGUUAACUGUGUGCAAGCGAUGCAUUUGUGAAAUUCUGUGACCGUGAACGAACAGCAGUUUUUGUGCGUGUGUUUUCAUGUUUUUGUUUCGCGUUCGGUGUACGCGUGUGGCUAAGUGUGCCCCCCCCCCCGCAACUGAUCUCGUGUUACUCUCUGCGUGUGUGCCUGUGUGUGCGUGCAUAUACUGAAUUGCGAAGGAAGCCACGGGCAAAGUGUGGUGAACUUACAACAAAACGCCAUUUAGCACGUUUCCCCCCUCCCGUUCCUCUCACCACGGUUCCGUGAUUGACCCGUGCGUGCGUGCGUGCGCUGCGCGCGUGUGUGUGAUUGUAGCUGUGUAGCUGUACACACACAUACGCACACACACCCCGUGUGGGAUCGAUGUGCGCUUUGGUGGAGGAUGCAUUUGCGGGAACAUUUGGUUGGUGCGAACUCCAAUCGAACGGCGGCGGUCUCUCUGAUGUGACAAAGAAGCAGCAGCAGCAGCGCUAGUGUGUGAGGCAGCAUCGUGUCGUGCACGCGCGUGUGUUUGUGCUUGCGUGUUUGCGGGGCAAGGAGCGCAGCGAGGAAAAGCGACGACGCAAGCGUUCUGCACCACCACCACCACCACCACCGCUACCAAUCCACCUCAUCCAUCAUUUCGAGCACGGGAACCGAUAUUAGAGGGGGAGAGAAAGAGAAAGAGCGAGAGAGAAAAAGAGAGAAAGAAGCGUUUAGGAAAAGACGCAAUUUUUGGAUCGCUCUUGCCUUUUUGUUUUUUUUUUGUGUAUUGAUACACACACACAAACACACCAUGUGGGGGAGCUGGAGCGGCCCCCGCCAGUGAUUGCAACGUUUUCCACCACUCACCGCCUCUCCCACCCCCCCGCAAUUACAGCGUAAACAAAGCAAAAGCCCCCAAAAAAAUGGCGUCAACCGAUCCAACGAAAUCUUUGUUUACUACGCAAACGGAGAAGCCCAACCAUUACACCUACCUGAAGGAGUUCCGCGUGGAGCAGUGCCCCUCCUUUCUGCAGCACAAGUGCAAUCAGCACCGGCCGUUCGUCUGCUUCAACUGGCACUUUAUGAACCAGCGGCGGCGGCGCCCGGUCCGCCGGCGGGACGGCUCGUUCAACUACAGCGCGGACAACUACUGCCCGAAGUACGACGAGACGACCGGCAUCUGUCCGGACGGGGACGACUGUCCGUUUCUGCACCGGACGGCGGGCGAUACCGAGCGGCGCUACCAUCUGCGCUACUACAAAACGUGCAUGUGCGUGCACGAUACGGACGCGCGCGGCUACUGCGUGAAGAACGGGCAUCACUGUGCGUUCGCGCACGGCAUCCACGACCAGCGGCCGCCGGUGUACGACAUCAAGGAGCUGGAGGCGCUGCAGAACGUGGAGGACGCGGGCGACGGCGGCCUGAACGGGCCGAACGUGCUGGACAAGGAGCGCAACCUGAUGAACGAGGACCCGAAGUGGCAGGACACGAACUACGUGCUCGCCCACUACAAGACGGAGCAGUGCAAGCGUCCGCCCCGGCUCUGCCGGCAGGGGUACGCCUGCCCGCAGUACCACAACAGCAAGGACAAGCGGCGCAGCCCGAGAAAGUUUAAGUAUCGCUCCACGCCGUGCCCGAACGUGAAGCACGGGGAGGAGUGGGGCGAACCGGCCAACUGUGAGGCCGGCGACAACUGUCAGUACUGUCACACGCGCACGGAGCAGCAGUUCCAUCCGGAGAUCUACAAAUCGACCAAGUGUAACGAUGUGCAGCAGGCGGGCUACUGUCCCCGCUCGGUGUUUUGUGCAUUCGCGCACGUGGAACCGUACAUGGUGAUGGAGGAGGAUCCGCAGGCGCUGGCCCUGUCCGACAUGCGCUCGUCGGUGCUGUCGUCCGGCGACGGCGGGGGCAACGGCAGCGGCAAUGGCGGCGUCUCGGUCGGCGGCGUGCUUGCGCCCGGCGUGAUCGGGGGCGCUGGGGGCGGCAACGUGCCCGGCGGGCCGCUCGUGUCGGCCGUCGUUGGCUCGCACAGCAAAAAGGAUGCGCAGGAUCUGGCGAAUUUCUCCUACUUCCAGCUGCAGCUGCAGAACGGCAGUGCCGAGAGCAGCGAAUCGGCCAGCACCAGCAGCCUCGGCUCGAACAACAGCUCGCACAACAAGGCGCCCGGGUCGCACCUGCAGCAGCAGAAGCACGGCUCGUCCGCCCUGCUCGGCAACGGGCACGGCGGUGCCGGCAAUCCGCUCGGCGGGCUCGGGCUGCUCAGCAACGGCGGCCCGACCGGUGCCAACAGUGGCAGCGCGAACGCCAGCUCGCUGCUCUCCAACCUGGACUUUAAUCCGGACCUAUCCAAGCAGAUGGUUGCUAUCGACAAUGAUCUCUCGCUGAAUCCUAUCGAACGCGAACAGCGCAAGCGCAUGACGUGUUUGACUUUUAAUAUGUUUAAUGUAGGCUCGCCGCUCGAAAUGUACGAACAAGCUAGGCGCGACAAUAUGCAUGGUUUUGAAAAUUCAAUGUCCGGACUGAUGUCCUCGGGACUACUGCCUAGCAGCUCGGCCCCGGUAAACAUUCCAGGCUCAUCCAUGGGCAAUUCAAUUUCCGGCAUUCUGCAAGGCACGUCCGCACCGGUGAACAUUCCUGGCAGCUCUCUCGGCCACAACUUUAGCCCCUCGUCCCACUCGAACCUGUUCGGCCUGCACGACCCGUUCGGCACGCAUCACAUAGGGAGCGGUUCGGCACCGAAGCUCAGCAACAACUCGUACGGCCACAACCAUACCGAUAACUUUUUCUUCCAUUCGAACAACAUCAUCUCGCCCGUGCUGGGCGACGGUCUGUCCGCUAGCCCCGAAAUUAGAAGAAUGUCGGACCUGAAUCCGCUCAGUAGUGAGAUAAGUAGUAACACAACGAAUUUGCUGUUCGGCGACGGUCAGCACCAUCAGGGUGGUCCGCAAGCACAAACUCCUUCGCAGCAGCAGCAGCACCAUCUACAUCAUCAGUCACAGCAGUCACAGCAAACUCCUUCGCAGCAACAACAGCAACAGGCUCAGCAAGUCCCCCAGCAGCAGCAGCAGCAGCAGCAACAGCAAGCGAUCAACUGGGAAGAGCGCGUCCUACAGGCGACAACUGCCUGCGAAGCAUGGAAAGCACAAAUGGAGGAAAGCAACCGAAAGACGGCCAUUGCCGAGCAGCAACGCGACGAAGCGCUGUCGCACGUGAAGGCGCUCACCGAAAAGCUGGAGCAGAUGAAGAUGUCCGGCAACAACGGUUGCCCGCCGAACUAUCGUCCGUGCGAUUUGCGCGGCAUGCCGCUGGCCAAAUUGAAAAGCAUACAGGCGAAACUGCGCGAAGAGAUCGAGGAGGUAGAAAUAGUAUUAUACCAAGAGACGGCCAACAAGUGCAUGAAGUGCGAGGAGAAGAAUCGCUCGGUUACGCUCGUGCCGUGCAAUCACUACGUCGUCUGUGAUACGUGCGCAACGACCCAGCGCGAGUGUCCUUACUGUCAGACGCCCGUCACGCCGAAGGCGUAAUGGGGGCAAUGCGGGAACACCCUUUUGCUACCCGCGCAUGUAUUUUGCAGUGGAGAACAGUGCAGUGGAGUAUUUUGAAAUGGGCGAGAGUGGAGAUAACAAAGCAGCAAAAAAAAAAAAACCGGUAGUAGUUGAGGCGAAGUGGUGAGACGUACAGUGUGGGUACUCUAUCAACUAUUAGGCGCGCAUUUUGAUUUUACCCUGUAUUUAGGCAUAUAUUUUUAAUUUAGUUAACGGCAGUCUUUCAUUCGUGUACAGUAACAUAUUUUUUAAUUUUUUUAUAUAAGCCACUGGGCUCACAUCGACAAUUACAAUCGUGCUAGCGAUUUUUAUUUUUUUACGCACCUUCUCGUUCUCUUUGCGCUUGUAAGCAAACUAAAGUCAACCAUGCCGGGUUAAUAAUACAGAAAAUGACCCAAAUUUGCAAUGAACCCCUUACAGGGUUUUCCAGGGGUUCUCAUAGUUGUGGGACACUUCUUUGAUUAUUUCUUAUGGGCAAUGAACUUCAUAUGUUGAUAAUUGGACUCUAUGGCACCCUUUUCAGAUAGGCUAUUUGGAAAUUCCCAUUACAGUAAGAGUCAAAUUCCCAUUACAUUUAGUUCAUUUCACAUAGGAAAGAGUCAAUAAAAUGUUACGCGGUUAUUAGAACUCGUGGAAAAUCCUGUCACCAAGACGCCAAUGCCACACGGUUCAGCAUGGGUGUGAGAUACUUACAUUAUUAUUUUGACACGUAAAACCAACCUGCUGGCCGAACUAAAAACCGAUUACACCGAUGAGAAUGAUCAUAGCAUAAUAGUAUGGCAAAAUUCGAUAUUGAUGAUAUAUGACGUAGAUGUUUUAAAAACAAAAUAUUCCAGUAUAAUACUUUAAGGGUUCAAACGUAGAAUAUAUACAUACACACAAACACACACAUA